AUGGAUGAGGAAUACGACGUGGUUGUGUGCGGCACGGGACUGAAGGAGUGCAUCCUCAGUGGCCUUCUCUCAACGCACGGGAAGAAGGUUCUCCACGUCGACCGCAAUGCGUACUACGGAGGCGAAUCCGCUUCGCUGAACCUGACGCAUCUGUACGAGAAGUUCAGGCCAGGAGAGACGCCGCCUCAGACCUUGGGCUUCAACAGAGACUGGAACGUGGAUCUCAUCCCCAAGUUUGUCAUGGCCUGUGGGAAGCUCGUCAAGGUUCUCCUCACGACGAAGGUUACGAGAUACCUCGAGUGGCAGGUCAUCGAGGGCACAUACGUCUACCAGUUUCAGAAGGCGGGUUUCUUCUCCAGCGCGAAAUACAUCCACAAAGUUCCCGCAACAGACACGGAGGCGCUGACCUCUCCCUUGAUGCCUCUGUUGGAGAAGAACCGCUGCAAGAACUUCCUGAGCUUCUGCGCUCAGUGGGACUUGGAAAACAAAGAGACAUGGAAGGGCUUCGACCCCAAGAGACACUCUAUGAAGCAGGUCUACGAGUACUUUGGCCUGCAGCCGAACACCAUCGACUUCGUCGGCCACGCUGUCGCGCUCUACACGUCCGAUGACUACCUGAACCAGCCGAUGGGCCAAACAAUGGAGAAAAUCAAGUUGUACAUGUACAGCAUAUCGCGCUACGGGAAAUCGCCUUUCAUCUAUCCUCUGUAUGGCCUGGGAGGCCUGCCAGAGGGCUUCAGUCGGCUGUGCGCGAUCAACGGAGGCACGUACAUGCUGAACAAACCGAUUGAAGGUUUCGUGUACGGAGACGACGGAAAGGUGUGCGGCGUGAAGUCCACAGAUGGAGAGGUCGCACGGUGCAAGAUGGUUGUCUGCGAUCCCAGCUACGUGAACUACGACCCUAAAAAAGUCCGGAAGUCCGGGCAAGUUAUCCGCUGCAUCUGCAUUCUGGGAAGCCCGAUCCCGAACACCUCGGACGCUUCGUCGUGUCAAAUUAUCAUUCCGCAAAGACAAGUUAACCGCAAGAACGACAUCUACGUCAUGCUCGUCUCCUCUGCGCACGGAGUCGCGCUCAAGGGAAAAUACAUUGCCAUCAUCAGCACGACUGUCGAAACGGCGGACCCGAUGAAAGAAAUCGCGCCCGCACUCGACCUGUUGGGGCCGAUCGAGCAGCAGUUCGUGCAAGUCAGUGACGUGUAUGAGGCGGUCACCGACGGACGAGAAGACAAUGUGUUCGUCUCCGAUUCCUUCGAUGCGACCUCGCACUUUGAGUCCGCAACUGAAGACGUCUUGAAAAUCUGGAAAAACAUGACGGGAGAGGAAUUGGACUUGUCGGUGAAGGCGGAGCCGGAAGAUCUCCAGGAGAUGUAG